AUGCUCACAAGGGGUCCAUGGCUAGCGAGAUCUCUUCCUCUAUUAAUACCGGCCCCGGCCCCUGCCCCGGCCCCAUCUUGUUCGGUCGUGUACUUCUCUAUCUAUCCAAUCUUUUUUCCUGUCUGUUUCAAGACCUCUGGGAGAGCAAAAAUGAGCAGCUCGAUGAGCAUGGUGGAGGCGAGGCUGCCGCCGGGGUUCCGGUUCCACCCGAGGGACCACGAGCUCGUGCUGGACUACCUCUGCCACAAGCUCUCCGGCGGUGGUGGCGGCGGCGGCGGCGGGGUGGACAUGGUCGACGUAGACCUCAACAAGUGCGAGCCUUGGGAGCUUCCAGACGCGGCCUGCGUGGGCGGCAAGGAGUGGUACUUCUUCAGCCGGCACGACCGCAAGUACGCGACGGGGCACCGCACCAACCGGGCCACGCACACGGGCUACUGGAAGGCCACGGGCAAGGACCGCGUCAUCACCGGCGACGGCGCGGCGGCGGUCGUCGGGAUGCGCAAGACGCUCGUCUUCUACCGGGGGAGAGCCCCCCGGGGAACCAAGACCGAGUGGGUCAUGCACGAGUUCCGCGCCGAGGGCGGCCCGCCGGCCCGCCGUCAGCUCGCCGACCACCCCCACGGCUCGCCGCCCUCUCUCCUCGAGGACUGGGUGCUGUGCAGGGUGUUCUUCAAAAGCACAACAGCUGCUCCAACACCGGCCUCCGACGAGCCAUCAGGUUCCCAGAGCAGCGAGGUCGGCAUGGCGCCGGCGCUUCUGCCCAUAGCACCUAUCGACGACGUUGGCCGCAUGCCCAUGGCUGCGAUCACCGACAGCUUCCGUGGGCACCAGGAGUACUCCACCAGCCUCCUCAUGGCCCCGCAGCAUUGGCCGGUGGCGCCAUUGUCGUUCAGGAGCUUCAGGGACCUGCUAAGCGACAUGGUGGAAAGCAGCGGCGGUGACCCGAAGCCGGAGUGGAGCGUAGACGACGGCUAUACGCGGCACAGCGGCAUGCCGCAGGCUUGGAACCCGUUCUGA